ACAAAUUAGAAAAUGUACGCCAGGAUUAGGAAAAAUGGGCACAUGUUUGAUGCCUCAUUGUGAAACAGCCCCAUGGCUGCGAGGCGGUUGCAAAUUGACUGGAAUUGAUAAUGCCUGUGAAUUCAGCGCUUGGGAUUUAAUAUUCAAAAGAAAAAUUCAAUCUUCUAUGUUUUCCAGAUCUGGCUCUCUACUUUGGCCCGAGGGUUAAGCUGAAACGGCUGAGAAUUUUGUAUAUGAUCGUAAAACAGUAUUGUAAGGGACUUUGAUCUUUUACCGAAACCCCAGAAACCUCAAGAUUAGUAGCCAUGACUAUUCCAAGGCUUUACUCGGGUUUAUACAGGGCUGCUCUGAGAAUCCGUUUGGCUCAGCAAUCCUCUUAUACGAAUAAAUCAUCGGUGUGGAGCCUUCCAUAUGCUCGAUUUUUUCAUUCGACGCCACGUAAGUUUCAGCAAUCGACAGCCCCUGUGCCGCGGGCGGUGCCGCUGUCGAGGCUGACCGACAGUUUUCUGGAUGGUACGAGCAGUGUUUAUUUGGAGGAAUUGCAGCGGGCCUGGGAAGCCGAUCCCCAGAGCGUGGACGAAUCAUGGGACAAUUUUUUCAGAAAUUUUGUUGGGCAGGCAGCGACUUCACCUGGGAUUUCGGGGCAAACAAUCCAGGAGAGCAUGAGGCUUUUGUUGCUCUUGAGGGCUUAUCAGGUGAACGGUCAUAUGAAGGCGAAGCUGGAUCCCUUGGGUUUGGAGCAGAGGGAAAUCCCUGUGGAUUUGGACCCUGCUCUAUAUGGAUUUACAGAAGCGGAUUUGGACCGGGAGUUUUUCCUCGGUGUAUGGAGGAUGUCUGGGUUUUUGUCUGAGAAUCGGCCUGUCCAAACCCUGAGGACAAUUCUAACUAGAUUGGAGCAGGCCUACUGUGGCACAGUUGGGUAUGAAUACAUGCACAUACCUGACCGUGAUAAGUGCAAUUGGCUGAGAGAGAAGAUUGAGACAGUGGUUCCUAGCAAGUAUGGUCCGGAGCGAAGGCAUGUCAUGCUUGAUAGACUGAUUUGGAGUACACAAUUUGAGAAUUUUUUGGCAACGAAAUGGACUGCUGCAAAACGAUUCGGUCUUGAAGGUGCUGAGACCUUGAUUCCAGGAAUGAAAGAGAUGUUUGAUAGAUCCGCUGACAUGGGUGUGGAAAGCAUUGUUAUAGGUAUGUCUCAUAGGGGAAGAUUGAAUGUCCUGGGCAACGUGGUGAGGAAGCCAUUAAGACAUAUUUUCAGCGAGUUUAGCAGUGGCACAAAGCCUGUUGAAGAAGUUGGAUCUUACACUGGAACCGGGGAUGUGAAAUACCAUUUGGGUACAUCAUAUGAUAGGCCUACCAGAGGUGGGAAAAGGAUACAUCUUUCUCUAGUUGCUAAUCCCAGUCAUUUGGAGGCAGUCGAUCCUGUUGUUGUUGGGAAAACCCGAGCAAAACAGUAUUAUUCAAACGAUAAGGACAGGACAAAGAACAUGGCUGUAUUGAUUCAUGGAGAUGGAAGUUUUGCUGGACAGGGUGUAGUUUACGAGACAUUGCAUCUGAGUGCUCUUCCAAAUUACACAACUGGAGGGACUAUUCACAUUGUAGUCAAUAAUCAGGUUGCAUUUACAACUGACCCCAAAUCAGGGAGAUCUUCACAAUACUGUACAGAUGUUGCAAAAGCUCUGAAUGCUCCCAUCUUCCACGUGAAUGGUGAUGAUGUGGAAGCUGUGGUGCAUGUAUGUGAACUCGCUGCUGAGUGGCGUCAGACAUUCCACUCUGAUGUCGUGGUGGAUAUUGUUUGUUAUCGCAGGUUUGGACAUAAUGAGAUUGAUGAACCAUCCUUCACACAACCUAAAAUGUAUCAGGUGAUUAGAAAUCAUCCACGAGCGCUUGAUGUGUAUGAAAAGCAGCUAAUUGAAUCAGGGCAGUUGUCAAAGGAAGAAAUUGAUGAUUUACACAAGAAGGUCAACUCAAUUUUGAAUGAAGAGUUUGUAAACAGCAAAGACUAUGUGCCAAACCAACGAGAUUGGCUAGCAGCAUAUUGGACUGGCUUCAAGUCACCAGAGCAAUUGUCUCGUAUACGUAAUACAGGGGUCAAACCAGAGAUAUUGAAAAAUGUUGGAAAAGCAAUAACUUCUUUACCAGAAACGUUCAAGCCACAUAGGUCUGUAAAAAGGAUUUUUGAACAGCGUGCGCAAAUGAUUGAAAAAGGGGAAGGUGUUGAUUGGGCUGUUGGUGAAGCUCUUGCAUUUGCAACUCUUCUUGUAGAGGGUAAUCAUGUGAGGCUGAGUGGCCAGGAUGUUGAAAGAGGUACUUUCAGUCACCGACAUGCAGUUCUUCAUGAUCAGGAAACAGGAGAAAGCUAUUGCCCUCUUGAUCAUGUUACAAUGAACCAAAAUGAAGAGAUGUUUACUGUAAGCAACAGCUCUCUUUCAGAAUUUGGUGUGCUGGGCUUUGAACUGGGCUACUCAAUGGAAAAUCCCAAUUCGUUGGUUUUGUGGGAAGCCCAGUUUGGUGAUUUUGCAAAUGGUGCCCAAGUCAUUUUUGAUCAAUUUUUAAGCUGUGGGGAGUCAAAAUGGCUUCGUCAAACUGGCCUUGUUGUUUUGCUUCCUCAUGGCUAUGAUGGCCAGGGCCCAGAACAUUCAAGUGCAAGAUUGGAACGCUUUCUCCAGGGUAGCGAUGACAAUCCUUUUGUGAUUCCUGAAAUGGAUCCUACGUUACGCACUCAAAUUCAACAAUGCAACUGGCAAGUUGUGAAUGUGACAACACCUGCUAAUUACUUUCAUGUUCUUCGCCGUCAGAUACACCGCGAUUUCCGUAAACCAUUGAUUGUUAUGUCUCCAAAGAAUCUUCUUCGACACAAGGACUGCAAAUCAAAUCUGUCUGAAUUUGAUGAUGUUCAAGGCCAUCCUGGAUUUGACAAGCAGGGGACCCGAUUUAAGCGUCUCAUUAAGGAUCAGAAUGACCAUUCUGAUCGGGAGGAAGGCAUUAAUCGUCUAAUACUUUGUUCUGGAAAGGUCUACUAUGAACUUGAUGAGGAAAGGCAAAGAGUCCAGAGGAAAGACGUUGCUAUUUGUCGAAUUGAACAAUUAUGCCCAUUCCCUUAUGAUCUGGUGCAACGUGAAUUGAAGCGGUAUCCAAAUGCAGAGAUUGUCUGGUGCCAGGAAGAGCCCAUGAACAUGGGAAGCUAUCACUAUAUUUCUCUGCGUCUUUUAACUGCCAUGAAAGCACUGAGUCGAGGUACAUUUGAAGAUAUCAAGUAUGUUGGCCGAGCUCCAUCAGCUGCCACAGCAACAGGAUUUAAUCAAGUGCAUGUACGGGAACAGAAAGAACUUGUUGAGACAGCACUGCAGCCUGAUCCAAUCAAGUUUCCUUUAUAUUAAUUCAUGAGACAAAGAAAAAGAUUUUUAAUAAUGGGAAUAGAAAAUUUGCAGCAUCCUCUUGUUCCUAUUACUCCACCUCGUGAAUUUCCUUCGGAAGUAAAAUAUUCUGUAGUUUUAAAGCAACAGCAUUCCUUUUGUAGAGGAUGACGAGCAUCCCUCUUGUUGGAUCAGGGCAGUCUAUUUAUUUCCUUUAAUUUUUUCAAGGUAAAUGUGUUAUACAACUGAUCUUAUUGAAAUCAAGAUGGUCUUAUUUGGAGAACUGAAAGCUACCAAGCACUGAAGUGUAAUUUACAGGUAGUAUGCUAAUUUUUUUCAAAACUUUCUGGUAGCAGGAUUGCUAUGAAUUAGCACCGUGUUUAUCCUAAUUUGUAUUAAAUGCAGUGUACAUUCAAACAGACGAUUUGUCUGAAUGAAGAAUAAAUGCAGUUAAAAAGGCA